UUUUUACUAAUAAAAGGAAUCAUUUUGUGCUAUGAAAAUGUUUAAUGUAUGUUAUAAAUUAUAGACAUCUAUGUCAAUAACUAUAUUUCAAUUAAUAUAGGUAACAACCCACAUAUAAACAUUUAGAAAGAAAGGCAGACGUUGGUAGCGCGCGACAGAAUGUGACGUCAGCAGUGGGGCUUCUUUCCUUCUAUUUGGGAAAAGCGCGAGCUGGGUUGCCUGAUGCAGAGAGAGAAAGCGCAGCGCGCGCAUGGAGAAAGAGAAUCCUACACGAGUGUAAAUGUUUCGUAUCACUCUCAGAUCUCGUGAUGUGCAAAGAGACAGAUGAAAGACAUCGACCACCUUAGACUCGUGGAGAGAUCUGCGAAAGCACAAGAGCAGCUUUAUAAAGUAAAGCACUUUUCCCCGGAGGCUCAGCUGUCACAGUAUGGAGAACAUCACGAGCCCCUUUAUCCCAAACCCGACAUGCAACUUCAGCAUGGACUUAUACUAUCACAACUCUUUCAACCGGAGCGAUCUGAACUGCACACCGCCGGCUGACUACUUCUUUUACGCAGAUCUGUACGUGGUUCUCCCGGUCAUUUACUCCGUGAUAUGCGCCGUAGGUUUGACAGGGAACACGGCGGUCAUAUAUGUGAUCCUCAAAGCACCCAAAAUGAAAACGGUGACCAAUAUGUUCAUUCUAAACUUGGCGAUUGCCGACGACCUCUUCACUUUAGUGCUGCCCAUCAACAUAGCGGAGCAUCUGUUACACUACUGGCCGUUCGGUGAGGUGCUCUGCAAGAUCAUCUUAAGCAUCGACCACUAUAACAUCUUUUCGAGCAUCUACUUCCUGACGGUAAUGAGUGUGGACCGGUACCUGGUGGUCCUCUCUACUGUGCGCUCCAAGCGCAUGCCGUACCGCACAUACCGGGCAGCCAAGAUAGUGAGUCUGUGCGUUUGGCUGCUGGUGAUCCUCAUCGUCAUGCCGUUCUCCGUGUUUGCGGGAGUUUACAUCAGUCCCGACGACACCGAGAGGAAAAGCUGCGUGCUCAGUUUCCCCAGUCCUGAAAGUUUAUGGUUCAAAGCGAGCCGGAUUUACACUCUCAUACUAGGCUUUGCCAUCCCUGUGUCCACAAUAUGCAUCCUUUACACCAUGAUGUUGUACAAACUAAGAAACAUGCGCCUGAACACCAACGCCAAAGCGCUGGAUAAAGCCAAGAAGAAAGUGACUAUCAUGGUGUUUAUCGUACUGGCCGUAUGUCUGUUCUGCUGGACGCCCUUUCACCUCAGCACCAUCGUAGCGCUGACCACUGACCUGCGGACCACACCGCUUCUCAUCGGCAUCUCGUACUUCAUCACCAGCCUGAGCUACGCCAACUCGUGUCUGAACCCGUUCCUCUACGCCUUCCUGGACGACAGCUUCAGAAAAGCCUUCAAGAAGAUGCUAGAAUGUAGACCGGCUUGAAUGUAACGCAUUUCAAAGGGACGAAAUAUCCGGGGUUAUACAGGAUCUUCGCUCCAAAUGUCUGGAUUUUAAUUUGGUUGCAAACAGAAUGCAGUGUAUGCCUUUACAACUGAAAUUCAAGGGAAUUAGUAUUAAAUAGCCUAAUACUAAUGUGUUUUAACUUAAAAUCUGGAAAAUGCCUGUCAAAACUGACAGUAUGGAAAGCUGAUCAUAAUAUUUGGCAAUUUCACAACUUAUUUUUUUAUAUUAUUUUAUUUUUAAAUAUUGUCAAUACAAUUUAGUUUAAUGUAGUACAUGCCACAUAUUUUACAAAAACAGUGCUGACUAAAUGUAGCAAAUAUGUAUUCAAAACAUUAGCCAGCCCUGAUUAAAGUACAAUUAUGUUCAUAACUGAAUACUGGUAUAAUCUCAACAUGAUUUUUAUUUAUUUAUUUAUUUUUAUUUUUUUGCUGUUAUUAUAAAAUCAGUGUAAAUCCAGUUCAACAACCUGUAGUUUGAGGCCAAUUAAAUUCAAAUUCAAGUAUUUUUUCAAGGUUAUUCAUUUUUUAUGCUAAAUUUGGCUCUGCCAUGAUCAAAAUACAUUUAUGAUCAAUCCUGACAGAAUAUUAUUAAAAUCACUGUCAUAUUAAAUUCAGUAUCAGAUGAUUUGUGUUUAUAUGAACACUUCUAAACUUUGCACAAUCCUGAUUUUAAUAAAUCAGUACAACUACAGAUUCCCUGUGUUUCCCCAGAACUAAAAUAAUUUUCCUGACAUUAAAUUCUAUGUGAGAGUUUGUCUCCCUCAUGUGUUUCUGGAGCGCAUGUCUGUGAUGAAAUGAAGCUGAAAUGUUUGUCUGACAGCAGUGCCCUGGAAGCUUGGAUUAGGAAUGACAAAAGUGUGAUAUCAUGGCUGACGUAGCUUGAUAUCAAGUGUUUCUCAAACAGCAGGGGCUCCUGUGUAUAUAUUUGUAUAGACCUGCUUUUGUCUCAUGAAAAUGUCAUCACCCCAGCAUCAUUUUAGCAGGUUUGAGAGAGUCGAUUAAAAAUGCAUUGCCUUUCCUUUAAACAAAUGAAUAUACUGUAAAUGUGAAACAUUUUUGUUUGUGUAUAUCAAGAGGCUUUGGUGAAGCAUACUAUGUUACAUGGCUUUUUAAAUACAUGUAAAUAAAAUGGAAUAAACCAUU